GCUUCCCAUGCCUGCAGCCACACGAUCCUCUCUCAUCAUAUAUCCUACACUUAGACUCCUUCCAUGUCUUUUUCAUGCGAUUCUAUUGGAUAAUCCCAUCACCACCACAACAAAACCCUUGUCCUGUUCUUCUUCAAAUUCCUCUCUCUGAAGCCCUACAGCAUUAUUUCAGCCCAAUUCUGCAAUACCCAUUUCUUGAAAUCCCCUAAAAAUGGACUGAAGCGUAAUAAACACUGGUAAUUUGAGCAGUGUGCACAAAAUUUCCACAAUGUUGCUCUCUGUUUGCUCUGCUGCUCCCAGCUCUCCUUCUCAUCUUCAGGUAUCUUUCCAUGCUGGCUCUAGAGCCUUUUAUCACUUUCAUAAGGCUAUAGAAGAUGGACGUAUCAUUGAGGACAGGCCUUUUUGCAUACGAGAUGGAAUUCAUGCACAAGAGAUAUCCUUCAGAACGCAUGGUACCAGAUUUAUGCAUUCCCUAGUUGUGGAAAGAACUGACAACUCAGGAUCUGCUGAUUCUUCAAUAUUUUCUCCUUAUCCAAACGAAUUUGAUGAUAUAGUACGUGGAUUUCCAAAUGAAGUUAUUGAUAAUCUGCCUGAGAAUUUGAGUUGCUCGGUGGGGGAGGGAAAUGGAUUGCAUUCUUUAACUGGGGAUCUAAAGUAUGUGGAGAAUUCAGAGAUAGAGCUUCCAUCUAAUGCUGGUUCUUUUGGAUCUGAGUUUCAAAGCUAUCCUGAUUCUGUUCCUCGAAGUGUGGAUAAAUUAAUAGAAUCCACAUCUUCAGAAUCUUCAGUGUUCACUGACAGGGUUAUGAGUACAAAUGAUCAGAUCCCAAUGUCAACUACUGAGUCCUUAAAUGUAAAAGAAAGUGUUGACAAUUUCUUAUCUCAAGUCACUGAAUCUUUGGACAUGUCAAUAGAUAGAGCACAAGAUGCUGUGAAGAGCUCAUACGAUUCAUUUGUAUCAUCAUAUACAGAUGCAGUUAAGAGCAUGACAGAAUCUUUCGAUAAUGCAGUUAGUGGUGUAUUUUCUUCAGCUGACAACUCCAGAGAAAGUGCUAGCAGUGAAUUUGCUGGAUUUUCGAUCCAGAUAAAGGAAAUUUUUUCCAAAACUGGAACACUAGCUACUGAUAUUCUGAGACGUGCAAUAAUCAUUGUGGAGGACUCUUUGUCCAAUGCAGCAACUUUUGUUGUCUAUUCUUAUGGAUCUGUGAAGUCCUUGCUCCCACCAGAUUUUAAGAAUGCAAUAAAUGUAUCCGAGGAGAAAGCUACAGAUAUUCUGAGGCCUUUUGGAGCUGCUAUUCAACAGAUAUACGUCAUCAUUGAAGGUUUCGAGAAAAAUAUUGGCUUGGAUCCCAGUGACCCUCUAGUUCCCUUCUUGCUUUUCCUUGGAAGUUCUGCCACUAUAGGAAUAUCGUACUGGUUUUUUACUUAUGGUGGCUACUCUGGAGAUUUGGCUCCUGAAUUAACUCUAGAAAUGCUGAAGAAUGAAGAAAAUGCCGUGCUCAUUGAUGUCCGGCCUGAGGAUCUAAGGGAGAGAGAUGGACUUCCUGAUCUUCGUCGGUCAGCUAGAUCUAAAUAUGCAAGUGUGACUCUACCUGAGCUUGAUGGUUCAUUGAGAAAGCUGCUAAAAGGUGGGAAGGACAUUGAUGAUGCGUUAAUUGCAGUUGUUAUCCGGAACCUAAAACUCGUUAAAAAUGGAUCAAAGGUUAUUGUCAUGGAUGCUAGUGGUGGUCGGUCUAAAGCUAUUGCGAGAUCCUUAAAGAAACUUGGUGUUAAGAAUUCUUACUUGGUCCAAGGUGGAUUCAAGUCGUGGGUAGGAAAGGGCCUACGAGUUAAAGAGCUCAAAUCUGAGACUGCUUUGUCUGUAUUGAAUGAGGAAGUGGAGGCAAUCCUUGAAGAUAUUAAGCCUACUCCAACACUUAUCAUUGGUUAUGGGCUGGGAAUUGUUAUAGCUGGCUUUGCAGUUCUGGAAUGGGAGAAAACUUUGCAAGUAAUUGGUCUUAUCGGUCUAGCACAGACUCUUUAUCGACGGUUUGCAUCAUAUGAGGACUCGGAGGAAUUCAAGCAUGAUGUGAGGUUGUUGCUAACUCCAGUGACAGUCGGAGUUCAAGCAGUAUCAUGGGCUGCUGGAAAAUUAGAACCGAACAAGAUUGGGCUGCCAACAUCACCAUCUUCAACAUCAGUUCAAGAUCGAGUGCUAAAGGCAGCAGCAAAGCACGAAUCACAACCUGCUGAUGCCAAUGACUCCCAAGGAUUGCCUACUGAAACUUCCAGUCCAGAUAAUGAGAAUUUAGACCUCUCAGAGGCGUAAAAACCCGAUGUCUAUAGCCUAGCAUGAAAGAAAUCUCAUUGGAUCCUUUCCUCUGAUGUAAAUGCUGCAACUGGGUUGGUACAUAAGUUCCAUGAACAAGAGUGACAGAACACAGAAAUGUACUUGUAAAUUAUAUUGUCAUUGGGCGUUUCAAUGUUUCUCUAUUGUGCAAAUUUUAGGUGAGUA